GCCUAUUUGCGCUAGAGAGAGCGGCAUAGUCAUUGGUCGCUCCGAUCGUCUUGGAAGAAUCCAAUUUUGUAUCAGAUACCACAAGCUCUGUGGUUCCUAGAGGAUAAAUGGAAGUUUCUGUUUCCUCUCAGAAACAAAGCGUGAUAUCCCCUCCCGAGUGUAUGAGUGAUCCCGAGGAGCAGGAAAUCAGCGAGGAGGAGGAUGAUGAUCGCAACCAUAAGCAUCGUAGGAGAGAGACAAGGUCUCAGUCCUUGGAACGAGAUAGUUCAGAUCAAGUUGUUUUCACAAGGCCUUACAGGAAAAACAAUAUACAUUUUGAAAAUGGGAAUUCUUUUAAUCAACAUCAAAAACGACAUCCAGGUGCAGCAAAUGUUCGGUUUGAUUCAAACCAAAGAAUAAGAUCAAACCAUACUUUUUCAAGGGACACUGGUCCUGGUAGAGGUGGAGGGAGAGGCUAUGGUUCCUGGGCACAGCGUGAUUCCAGGUUCAACCCUGUUGAUCUCUCAUCUCAUAUGGUCCAAGUUGGGUCUAUGACUCCGGGAUUUUUUGGAGGAAGAGGGUUAUCUGGUGUUUCAACCGCACAAAAUUCACCAUGGCCUGCUUUUGGAAUGCUUCCUGGGGUUCCAACUGGUGGCCUAGAUACUCUCCAUCCAAUUGGCUUGCAAGGGUCUCUAAGACCGCCCUUAAAUUCUCAACUCAACCUUGGUAUUCAACAACGGUGUAGAGACUUUGAGGAGCGUGGAUUCUGUCUAAGAGGAGACAUGUGUCUCAUGGAGCAUGGAGUCAAUCGCAUUGUCGUUGAUGAUGUUCAGAGUCUUUCCCAAUUCAAUCUUCCUGUUUCGCUCCCUGGCGCACCUCUUCUGGCAGCUCCAUCUAAAGCAGUGCCCACACAUUUUGGCAGCUCUUCUGCAUUUAUGAGUGCUAAAGGGGCUAAUGGAAAAAAUAAUGAGUCUGGAAUGACUGUUGAUGGUUUGGGUUAUGGGGAUCCAUAUCCCGCCGCUGCUGGAACUGAUUUUUAUGACCCUGAUCAACCUUUAUGGAACAACAGCACUGGUGAAACUUCAGGUGCAAUAUCUGGCCGAAAUCCAAAUGGCAUUGAUGAAACUGUAGCUACACUGGAUUGCGAUAACCAAGAUGUAGCUGAAAAUGCGUGUGGUAUAAGAAACUCUAGGAGCACUAGGAAAUCUGUUUGGGGUCAAAUCUGUGGUUCAAACAGUCAAGGGAAUUUCAAAGAGAAAGGUAACUCAGCAUUGAAUUCAUCGAUUGGUCUUGAAGAUGAAGUCAAGGAGGUCUCUAUCAGUUCAUCAAGGCAAGGAAAGCGGAAUCUUGCUGGUGAAACAGUUGCCAAAUUUGAUUCAUCAAAGGCACCUAACGAUGCGACAACCAAUACAAGAAAACAUGGUCAAAAGGCCAUGCGAACACUAUUUGUCAAUGGGGUUCCCGGGGAGAGCAACAAGAGGGACCUUCUUCUUGCCCAUUUUCAGAAAUUUGGGAAUGUUAUUGACAUUCGUAUCCCCUUAAACAGUGAGCGAGCAUUUGUUCAGUUCUCUAAGCGUGAAGAGGCUGAAGCUGCUCUCAAGGCACCUGAUGCUGUAAUGGGUAACCGCUUUAUCAAACUUUGGUGGGCAAAUUGGGAUAGUAUCCAAGAUAAUGGCCCGAACACUGGAAAUGGUGCAUCUCUGACUCGCCGUGGUAUGAUAUCUGCCGGAGGACAAAACAAAUUUCCUAUUACUCCAACAUCAACGAGCAACCAUGCAUCUACAGGUCCGAAGGGUCCUGGGGAAGCUCCAUCCUCCUGUGAGCAGCCUAAGCUGGUGGUCAGUAAUGGUCCUAAGGUGCCACCUCUGCAGAAAAAAUCAGAAGCUCUCGAGCAGCUGAAGGAGGAACUUCGGAAAAAGCAGGAAAUGCUGGAGCAGAAGCGUAAUGAAUUCCGCAAACAGUUGGCCAAAUUCGAAAAACAAGCUACCGUCAUCAAGGAUGACGAAGCUGAGGAGCAGUCUGUUAAGCGCCUUAAAACGGGUACCCCUGCUGACCUGAGUGCUGCCUCUCCCCCGACAAAGCCGAAACUGGAGUCUCUAACAGAGAAGAGUAAACUUGCCCAGAAUCCGAUGUCCAACUUUAAGCUAAACACAGAAACAUGGUUGCAAGAACCGAAAAACUCGAAACCACAAACUUAUCCCUUUGCAGCAAGUAUGAACACUCCUAUGGUGAAUAGGUAUAAGUUGGACAAUCGCACCACUACCAUCAAAGUUGCUCCCCCUUUACCUACUGGGUUAGCUGACGUCGAUGUCUUAAAAGAAUACUUCUCUUCCUUUGGGGAAGUUAGCAAAGUGGAGAUAGAAGAUGAAGGGCCCAGUGGCGAUAAUACCAAAGAAGGGGAUGAUACAUCUAACGAAAACCUUACAGCACAUGUUACCUUUGCGAAACGCAGUGCGGCCGAGAAGGCGUUUGCCAAUGCAAAGUGUUGGCAAGGACACGUCUUGCGGUUCGUGUGGGUAACAACACGACAAACCGGCAAAGAGGAUAAUCCCUCUGUAUCCAACUCAGACAAGUCAUCUUCUGUUCAUAGUGACCCAAAAGCUGUAGAAUCGUCUCCGGUCUCCAACAUUAAAGAAUCUUCCGUGGGAACUUCUGACGAUAAGAAUGUUGUUUCCGGGGACGAUGCUUCUGAGAAACAAGAGAAGGAAGGAAUCGAGAUAGAGACCUCCGAGCUGAUGGAAGCUUCUGAGGCCACGGGAAUGGAGGAAGAGCAACAGCCGUUAGGAUCAAAUCUUGACGGAUGAUUAUGGUCGCAUGGUCAGGGCUGUUGUAGAGCGAGGUAAUAUUUGUCUCCAAACUCUUUUUUUUUUUUUUGGCAUAGUGAUUGUUUCUUCUGGGUUUAAGGGCAGUUGGUUAAACAUUAUUAUUUUUUGUUUGGAUGCGAUAUAUUAUCUAUUAAGGGUUAUUUUUUCAGUGAUUAGAGGAUGUAAAAAGAACUAAGAGAAACGAGAAAUCGUUGGCUCCUUGACUGUGUAGCAGCUAACCCUUGUUUUCCAGCUGAUAGCAUUGUGGGGAACAAAAUUUACACUCUGGAUUUUUUCCUUC